UCAUAAUCAUAAUUAAUAAAUUCUAAUACAAAUGAUUAAAACACGUGAUUUUAGAUAAUAUUAAAAAAAAAAGAUUUAGGGCAAUGUCUGCUUCACUUGUACGGAAAAGUUUACAAUUAGUGGAUAGUAACAAUACCAAAGAUCAUCGAAAGAAACGUGGGUCUUCAAAUCAACAAAAAAGUCAUUUUCUUACCAAAUCUAUUUUGAAAAAAGGAAAGAAAGAGAAAGUUAACCUAUUACAAGUUCAAAAAAAAUUAACUGUUGAAGAUAUAAAAAGAGAAUUACGAAACAAACAAAAUAAAUUACAAGAAAAUGUAGAAAAGUUAAAAAAAUUACAUAAAUCUGUUGAGUUAGAUCCAGAAACUACACAAUUGAUUUUGGAACGAGCUAUUCAGAAAAGACCUGUCAGUAUACAAAGUACUCAAAAAGAGAAACCUGAGGAAUCCAUAUUUACCGAACAAGAUCUUAAAGAUAUAGAAGAAGAAUAUUAUAAAGAAUGAACGAUGCUACAUUAGGUCAAAUAUUAUUAAUAUUUUCUGGAUGUUUUGUAUUCUAUUAUACAUUCUGGGUGAUUGUUUUGCCACUUUUACCACUUUCAAGUGACAACAUCUUAUUCUCGAUAUUCCCAGA